CUCUACAUCCUCUCUCUCUAGAAAAGUAUAGAAAAGAAAAGAGAAAGAAAUCAAAAGAAAAAGAAAAGGUAGGUUGGAGAGAAUAUAGCAAAACUGCAUAAAGCAUCUUCAUCAUCAUCACCACAAGAAACCGUUGUUCGAUAGAUCUGUGGAGAACAAGAUGGGACACAACCAGAACCAAAAAUCUCUGAUCUACGCUUUCGUUUCUCGAGGAAGCGUGAUUCUUGCUGAAUUCACCGAAUUCAGCGGUAAUUUUAAUUCGAUCGCGUUUCAGUGCCUUCAGAAGCUUCCAGCUUCAAACAACAAAUUCACUUACAACUGUGAUGGCCACACCUUCAAUUACCUCGUCGAUAAUGGAUACACGUAUUGUGUUGUUGCGGAUGAAUCAGUUGGAAGACAGGUUCCUGUGGCUUUUCUGGAGCGUGUGAAAGAUGAUUUUGUUGUGAAAUAUGGCGGUGGGAAGGCAUCUACAGCUGCUCCUAACAGCCUUAACAAAGAAUUUGGGCCUAAAUUGAAGGAACAUAUGCAGUACUGUGUUGAUCAUCCUGAGGAGAUAAGCAAGCUUGCAAAGGUCAAAGCUCAGGUUUCUGAAGUCAAAGGUGUCAUGAUGGAGAAUAUUGAAAAGGUCCUGGACAGGGGGGAAAAGAUAGAGCUUCUGGUCGACAAAACUGAGAACCUUCAUCACCAGGCACAAGACUUCAGGAAUUCGGGGACCAAAAUCCGGAGAAAAAUGUGGAUGCAAAACAUGAAGAUAAAGCUGAUUGUAUUGGCAAUUUUGAUAGCCCUGAUUCUCAUAAUUGUCCUUCCAAUCGUUCUUCAUAAUAAAUAAACGUCAUUCUCCGACAUUUAUCUUGUGAUUUCGACUCUCUUGUGAUUAUAUAUAUGAUAUGAUGAGGACAGAUAUCAAGUUUAUGGCAUGAUUUUGUAUGUAGUCAAAGGAUAUCAGAACCUGUAUACCAUCCAGUUUUAAGCUCUUAUAGUAUGAUGAUAUAAGAACAUGCUGUUAUAUGCUUUUUUGAUUGUCUAUUGUAGUCUGAUUUCAAUUCACCCAACUCAUCUUGUUAUCAUUAUUCAUGCAAUUUAAGUUCCUUGGUUA